ACAUGGAACCUUCGUCCAAAAUACAGCCCACCCCAAAUGAUGUCAAAAAAAUUGCCUCCUUUUACAUUAUUGUAAGCAACCACCAGGUUCAUUGUUUCUCAAUCUCUCACUUCACAUUCACUCUUCUUCCCAAAAACCCACACUUACACUGCAACUUCCACUUUUUUUUUCCAGAUCUAAUUGCCAAAAAAAAACACACAAAUUAUGUAGUUUUUCUUGCAAAAAAAAUAAUGGGGUAAUUUAAUUUUGAGUAACAAUGAUGGAUUUUGCUUGGUUUGAACCAAUGUCUAGAAGAAUUCCAAGGAGGGUUUGGUUAGGGUACCAAAAAUCAAUGGGUCUCCUCGUGGGUGGAAAUCACACCUCCUCCAGGUUUUGUACUCUUUCCCCCAUUUUGUGCUUCGAAUUGUUGAAAUCGAUGAUAAAUAUGGGUGGGGUGCAUAAUUUCGGGGGUGUGAAGGCUGUGAAAUGGCAAGCACUUCAUGGGUCAUUAGCCAGACGAUUGGCGAUCCGAACUUUAAUGUUUGCUCUUGUCAUUUCCAUGUUGCCCCUUUUGCAACUUGUGAUUGAUUUUGAUCCUGCAAAACCCAUGUAUUUGAACACUGAUGGAUGUAGCACUGAAUUGGGUUAUUUCGGCCUGAAUUCGAUUGUCGGCCGGGUAUUUAAACCCAUUGCUCCAUUCGCAUUGCCACAUCUGAGAUCUGAAAUGUGUCAAAAUAAUGUAAAUUUGACUAUUGAUGUGGUUAGGGAGCUUAUGGGUAAGAAUUUGCUGAAUUAUGGAUCAAAAGCUCUUUGUAUUGGGCAGGGGACAGCAUCGGCUGUCUCUGCAUUGCGUGAAAUCGGGUUUUUGAAUGUUGAGGAGAUUCGGAGGCACCCUUUUUUCAUGCUUAAGCAAAAGCAAGUUGUUUAUGAGCUUGAUUUCGAUGACAAUUCAUUUGAUUUUGUCAUUGCGAAUGACCUUAGUAAGGUCUCUGUUCCUGCUGUCCUUGUGAGCGAAGUUGAGCGCAUUCUCAAAUCCGGUGGGAUUGCUGCUAUUACAGUGGAUAGUGAUGGUUCCAAUCACGAUAGUUUGAUUAGGUCAGCAACUACAGUGUCGUCGUUUCUCAAAAGAUCCAGUGUGAUUGAUGUUGUGAGCUUGGGCAGCUUUACAUUGGUUGCUUUUAAGAAGAGAGGUAACAAGUUAGGUUCUUUUGAGCAGUAUCACCUGCCAACAAACUGUCCUUCUAUCAAGCGCAACAAACCUCUCAUGAACAAAAUAGAACCUGUAAUUGACAAGAAGCCCAAGGCAGAUGAUAAGAGAAUUGAGUAUCUACCUAAAUUGGUCGGUGUACCCCCGAAGGGUAAAAUGGUUUAUGUCGAUAUGGGUGCAAAGGAAGCUGCGAAUUUUAGCAAUAGCAAUUGGUUCUUGCCAUCAUACCCUAUCGAUUCAAAAGCUUUUAAUGUUUACAUUGUCGAUCAUGAUGCCUUGGUUAUGUCUUCCCAUGUGAAAUGCCCCGGUGUUACCUUCAUCUAUCACCCUGCGUUGGGUGGAAGUGUUAUCAAAGAUAAAUCGAACUCUUUGAAUGAUGGUGAGCCACUCGUAGAUGAUGAAGAUUUCGAUUUCCUUGUUUGGUUCAAGGAAACUGUAGAACUUGCUGAUUUUGUGGUCUUGAAGAUGAAUAUGGGAAAGGCUGAAAUGAAAUUUCUAUCCGAACUGUUUGAAAGUGGCAUCAUUUGCUAUGUUGACGAACUGUUUCUGCAGUUCUCCAAUGCAGAUUAUGACAAUGGUGCUGGUAUUGGUGAAAGCCACACCAAUCUCUUUAAGAGCCUAAGGAGCAUUGGUGUGUUUGCCCAUCAAUGGUGGGGUAACUAAAUUAUCAAAAGUUUCAGUAGCUCGUGUUUUGCCCAUCAAUGGUGGGGCUGUUAAAUUAUCAAAAGUUCCCGUAAGCUCGUGUUCUUAUUUCAGCAUUUAAUAAAAUGCCUCCGAACUCUUAGUAUAUUGAGGCGAUGUUGUGUGGUAAACUUUGUAUGAUGUAGUUUAACCAUUGUGUUGACCAUCAUUAUGUAAUGACGUAAUGUGUAUCUGCAGUCUAUAAAUGAUUGAGAUGUUGAUGUAUGAGGUGCAUUCCAUUGUUUGUGCUGUUGCA